UUAAGUCUGAUGGAACAAUGACUUGAUAGUAGCAGAUGGAGUAAACAGUUUGCGUCGCGACUAACGAUGCGUAUCCUCCUAAUACAUCUAUGUUGAUUAGGAUGGAAGACGAAAAUAACAUUACAGAUAUUCUCCAGAACACAUGAAAUUAGAAAGUGUAGUAGUAUUGCCUCAGGCGAAUGCGCAAAACUACACGGGAAGUCGGACCUUGAGGGGCUUUUCUGUUGGCUGAAGCUUGGACCACUUCAGUAUGGCAAGGUUCUACAUAGAUUGCAUGGGCCAGGCUUGGUAAAUCUUAUCGCGUAAAAAAGUCGACAUUUCCAACCGCGCAUCCAACUUAAAAAGCAUGGCGAAGGACAAAGUCCCAUCCGUGGGCACGCUGGACAAGCCGGAAAACCUCGAUGAUCUCUUGAAGCAAGAUCGGGGUGAGGACUGCCUACCAUGCCGAAUCGUAGGUGGCGGCGCAUUUAUCGGUCUCGCGGCGUAUAGCUACUUCUCUGGCAACGCACAACUCGAACGCCAACGCGCCAAAAUCCUAGCAAGCAAGUCCAUGUUCGGCAUGCGCAGCCGCAAGUUUGGCAUUGCAACGACGUCGCUGGGAUUAGCAUGGUUGGGGAUCUGGAGAUUGUUUCUUUAAAAGGGGUUAUAGAACGGGCAAGUCAAGCAAGAAUCAACUAGAUUUCUCUGCUAGAGAAGCCAAGGGCAAAAACCCUACUUUUACGCUUUACGCGCACUCUACGGACACCAAGGAGCGCCUACAUUCU